UGUGUUUGUCUCUAUAAGAACAAGCAGGUGACAGAGGGGAGGGGCUACGAGGGCAGAGUGAGUCUGUUCAAGGAGGAGCUAGAAAAAGGAGACGUGUCUUUAAAACUGAGACUGUGUGAAGAGCAGGAUAAAGGACAUUACCUGUGUCAGGUCACCAGUGGCUUCAAAACAGAAGAGCUAACAGUAGCAGUAGAGAUGCUCAGUGAUAAGUUCGGCUUAAUCCAUAAACUGGUGAAGGUGGAGGGAGCCUGGACUGAAGAGGAGAGAAUGAAAAUGGAGGAAUCUGUUCUGCUAACGGAGUUUAAGGCAAAUAACAUGAUCGAGCUCUUCAGAAGAAUUAAUGAGGAAAGAAUUCAAGAGAAAGAAAAACUGCUACAGCAGCUGAAGGAGGCCAGGAUGGAUCGGGACAAAGCUUUAAAAGAACAGAAAAAAACUGAAGCUCAACUACAAGACAUUGAAGUGACGCUAACGGAGAAAGAUCAACAGAUACGUGAUUUAGAGGCUAAAAUGGAGAUAUUCAAACAACUGGAAGAUCCACAGAUUACUGAAACCUUAGAUACAUCAGAUCUAGACACUUCAUGCCAGAAAAGAAACAGUCAACAUCUACCUCCACACAUGGACAUUGAAACCACUGGAGCUUCUCCACUGUCAGUUCCUGCAUCAGAGCUCAGGCUGGUGCUGCUGGGGAGGACUGGAUGUGGGAAGACAGCAGCAGGAAACACCAUCCUAGGCAGAGAGGAGAGGAGCCAGGCUGAAGUGUCUACAGUGAGGCAGCAGAGUGAGAGCAGACAGGAGGAGGUGGCUGGGAGGCAGGUGACUGUGGUGGACACUCCUGACUGGUUCUGUCCUGGACUCUCUUUGGAGGAGCUGAGACAGGACGUGGGACUCUGUGUCCGUCUGUCUGCCCCAGGACCCCACGCCUUCCUCCUAGUCAUACCAGUGAAGCAGUCUACAGGAGAGGAAGAAGGAAUGCUGGAGAAAAUGGAGGAGAUUUUUUGGGAGAGAUGUUGGAGGAACACCAUGAUCCUUUUCACCGUUACUGAUGAAGUCCAAGAGAAGAACAUUGAAGAGUUUAUCCAGUCAGGAAACCAGGAGGUCCAGAGACUUGUAGAGAAAUGUGGGAACAGGUUUCACUGUCUCAGCAUUAAGGAGAGUGGAGAUGGUUCUCAAAUCUCAGAGCUGCUGGAGAAGAUAGAGAAGAUGGUUGCAGGAAAUGAAGAGGGUUUCUACAGCAGUGAUAUCUACCAUGAGAUCAGGGAAAUGGAGAAAAGAAUUAUUAAAGAAAGAGAGGAGAAUAAUAAGAGAGAGAUUGGAAAAUUUAAGGAGAAACAAGAGAAGGAAAUCCAGGAUGCUCUGAAGAGUAUAACAGAACAAAUCCAGGAGCUUGAGGAGAGACUCCAGCAACAUGAGGAACGAAUAACUGAACUUGAGAGUUUACUAAAAGAGGAGAGAAAUGAUGAGACGAAAAGAGAGCUGGAGAUGAAACUGCAGAGAGAGAUUCAGCAGAAAGAGGAGAUUCAACAGCAGUUGAAAGAACUGAAGGAAAAGUGGGACAAAAUGAAAAGUGAGAUAGAGGAGAGACACAGACAGGAGAUGGAGGACAUCAUAGAGAUGUAUGAAGGAAAAGCCAGGAUGGAGGCAGAGAGGAACCUCAUGAAGAUCAUCCUGCCUGAACUCCACCGUACAGUCUGGGUUCUCAUCUCAAAGAUGCAGAAACAAUUCCUGGUGAAGGUGGAGCAAAAGGAUCGAGAGCUGUUGACCCUGAAACAAAGACUGUCUGAGCUCACAGAGACUUACAGACAACUGGAAAUAGAUUAUCAGGCUCUGAGGAGCACAGAAAGCACUGAAGCAGGAAGAGACGAGAGAGUGAGUGGAGCGGCAGUUGGAGGGGAUGGAGGAGUAGAGGAAACUCAAGAUGAAGUGGAAAGACUGUCCAAAGAAGAACAAGAUGAUGGUGAUGAGAAAGGAAGUGAAGGAGAGAGGAGAGGGACAAAGACAGAGGUGAGGCUGAGAAGACAGAGGCUGGUGAAGAAGAGGAGAACAGACCUGAUGGCCAGGAGGAAUCCAGAGGGUGGAUACGUCGAAUCUUCUCCUGUUGUUUUCCUCCAGUGUAUGAACCUGUAGAGAUGCAGCAAACAUAAAAUUGAACUGAAGAAUUGAAAGAAAGCUUAAAAUAUAUUGUGCUCAUGAAUUACUUUCAAACAUUGAAGGAAAACAUGAAUAAACGGGUGGAGAAACAUAAUGAGUGCAAAUGCUUCCAGACAGGUGUACUACCACUCUCUGCGGCAUGAGUAAAGAUUCUGAGCCACCCCAAUUGAUCUCGAUUUUGGAUCAAGAUAGCAAGAGAAAAAAAAUCUAAGUAACUUUAGAAGAUGGUUCAUUAGUGGGGCAUAAACGGCAGGAGCUUCAGUCACAAAGACUGCUCAACUGAGAGUUUCAAUAGGAAUGGGACUAGUCCAUCCAUACUACAUAGACUGGGACUACCUAGACUGGGAGUACAUAGAGAGGGAUGUUAUAUUCUUCACCCAUAUUUUUCACAAGUGGGAAAGAGCAUGUGUAUAGAUCAUUCUCCAUUUGGAGCGGGAAUACAGGUGGAUACAUUUUUUAAAAUCAAUUUCUUUCAUCCCAAUAUGUCAAUUAGCAUAUCCUAUUACCAAAUGUACAGAAUGGAGAGCUCAAUUCCAAACAUAUUUUAAUAUAUUUUCAUGUAAAAUGCAAUGUUUUAGUCAGUUUGUCACUGGUGUUACCCCUUAAAAAGGCAUUCUUUUUGUGAUAAAUGCAUGUAUUUUCCCAUUUAAUGUGACCAUAUUUUUUUUAAAGAAGUUCAAUUUGAAUAAUCAUGUUACCAAAGCUUUUUUAUA